AUGACGCGCGGCGCCCUGCUCCUGCUCGUCCUCGCCACCGGCGCGCCGGAGGGCGGUGCCACUGCAGUCAGUGCCAACCCGGUCAGGAAGGUCGUCCAGAUGCUGCAGGCCAUGCAGGCAAAGGUUACGGCCGAGGGGGAGACAGAGGCUGAAUUGUUCGAGAAGUUCAUGUGCUAUUGUAAGACGGGCUCUGGCGACCUCUCCAAGAGCAUCGGAGAUGCCGAAACCAAGAUCCCCCAGUUGUCCAGCGAGCUAAAGGAUUCCGAGGCCUCGUUGGCAGAGACGAAGGAGGGUCUCAAGCAGGACCAAGAGGACCGCUCUGCCGCCAAGGCGGCCAUCGCAGAGGCAACUGGCAUCCGGCACAAGGAAAAUGCCGCAUUCGUCGCCGCCAAGGAUGAGUACGUUGCCAACAUUGACGCGAUCCUGAAGGCGGUGGCGGCUCUGGAGAAGGGGAUCGCGGGCUCCUUCCUGCAGACUCGUUCGGCCAGCGUCCUCCAGAAGAUCUUGAAGUCCCGCGCAACCCAGGACAUGCUCGAGGAGGACAGGCAGACGCUGCUGUCGUUCCUGUCUGGCGGCGGCAACCCCUUCUCGCAGGGGUACGCCCCGCAGAGCGGCCAGAUCGUCGGGCUGCUGAAGCAGCUGGGGGACAACAUGGCGACCAGCCUGGCCACCAGCAUGAUAGCGGAGGAGAAAGCGGUCUUUACGUUCGGCGAGCUGUUGAAGGCCAAGACGGCCGAGGUGGACUCCUUGACGGAAGCCAUCGAGGCCAAGACUACGAAGAUCGGCGACCUCGGCGUCGCCAUUGUGCAGAUCAAGGACGACAUCGACGACACGUCUGGGGCGCUCACCGAGGACCGCGCCUUCCUGAAGGAGCUGGAGAAGGGGUGCGACACGAAGGCCGCGGAGUGGGAGCAGCGCAAGAAGACACGCGCCGCCGAGCUGCUGGCCCUCGCCGAGACGAUCAAGAUUCUGAACGACGACGAUGCUCUGGAGCUGUUCAAGAAGACCCUGCCUGCCCCUGGCGUCGGCCUCGUGCAGAUGGGCGUGACCCAGGCUGCCGUGCGCAAGCAGGCGCUGGCCGCAGUGCAGGCAGCCCGCCGCACGGACCGCCAGGGUCACGCGAAGCUCGAUCUCAUCAUGCUCUCGCUGUCUGGCCGCAAGGUGUCUUUCGAGAAGGUCAUCAAGAUGAUCGACGACAUGAUUGUCAUGCUGAAGGAUGAGCAGCUUGACGACGAGCACAAGAAGGAGUAUUGCGAGCUUCAGUUCGACGAGUCCGAUGACAAGAAGAAGUCCCUCGAGUUCACGCUGGAGAAGACCGAGACCUCCAUCGAGAAGACCGAGAGCGGCAUCGCCCAGGCCAAGGAGGACAUCGCCACCCUCACCGCCUCGAUCAAGGCGCUCGACGAGGCCGUUGCCGAGGCCACCGCACAGCGGAAAGCCGAGAACGAGGAGUACAAGGCGCUCAUGGCCUCGGACUCUGCCGCCAAAGAGCUGCUGGAGAUCGCCAGGAAUCGUCUCAACCAGUUCUAUCCAGCAUCCCACCACGCCUCGACGUGCCAUGGGGGUACGGUCGCGGACAACCCCUCCCUGUACACGCCCCCCGCCAAGACGGAGCUGUCGAAGGAGAGCCGCAUCGUGGUGAGCAUGGGCAACCCCGACGGCAUCGUGACCACCACGCAGCCCGGCGGCAUCGCCAACACGGGCGUCACGGUCUUCGCGCAGGUCUCCGCGCACCGCCGGGCGGCAGGCGAGGUGGCCCCGCCGCCGGCGCCGGAGACCUGGGACGCGUACGCGAACAAGGGGCAGGAGAGCACAGGCGUGAUCGCGAUGAUCGACCUGCUCAUCAAGGACCUCGACACCGAGAUGCAGGAGGCGGAGACCGACGAGAAGGAGUCGCAGAAGGACUACGAGGCAAUGAUGGGGGAGUCGGCGAAGAAGCGCGCCGAGGACUCCAAGUCGCUGGCUGACAAGGAAAAGUUGAAAGCGGACCUCGGGAUGGACCUCUCCGAGCUCAAGCGGACCAAGCUCGCGACGUUCAAGGAACUUCAGGCAACCAUGAAGUACAUCGCCUCCCUGCACGCCGAAUGCGAUUGGCUUAUGCAAUUCUUCGAGGUGCGCAAGGAGGCGCGCAACGGAGAGAUCAAGUCUCUGAUGGAUGCCAAAGCCGUACUUAGCGGAGCAGGCUACUCCCUACUUGAGAAGGAUGCCCGCCACGGCUUCCUUCGCAAGGCGUGA